UUCAGCGGGAGUGGUAGGCUUAUCCAAAUCCAAACCUUCCUUCCACACAUUUUGAAGAUCACAUUGCCUUAACGUUAUGGAAUCUCAUUCCAAACCUCCCAAAAAACUAACUCCCAAGAACCAUCCAUGGCUACUUCUUCUCUUCCCACCAAAUCCCUCCCGCCAUUUUUGCCGGCAUCAAGCUUUCCACCUUCUUCUCCUUCAACCCACUUCACUAAGCCGCCAUUCCUAGCCCCACCCGACAUUUCUCUCUCCACCUCUUCCUCAUCGCCCUCUAAACUUCAUAUUCCCAGUUGUGCCAAGAAGAAUCCCUGGCUCGACCCCUUUGACGAUGGCGAUGAUCCGGACAUGGAAUACGGCUCUCUCUUCGCCGACGGGAAGCAGGAAGAGGACCCUCGCCCACCGGACAAUCCGAACAAUCCGUAUGGGUUCUUGAAAUUUCCUCAGGGUUACAUGGUGGAAAUUGCAUCUCUAGGUCUUAAACUCCGGGGAGAUGUACGGCGGUGCUGCUGCGUGAUUUCCGGCGGGGUCUAUGAAAACCUCCUCUUCUUUCCGACGAUUCAAUUGCUCAAGGAUCGGUACCCGGGUGUUCAAAUCGACGUGGUGGCUUCGGCGAGGGGUAAACAGACUUAUGAAUUGAAUAAGAAUGUGCGAUGGUCUAAUGUCUAUGAUCCGGAUGAUUAUUUUCCUGAACCGGCCGAUUACACUGACAUGGUUGGAUUGCUCAAGGGUAGAUACUAUGAUAUGGUGUUGUCAACAAAGCUAGCAGGGAUUGGGCAUGCGGCGUUUUUGUUCAUGACAACAGCCAGAGACAGAGUUAGCUACAUUUACCCUGAUGUGAAUGCCGCUGGAGCAGGGCUUUUCUUGUCUCAAACAUUUAAACCAGAGAGCUCUAAUCUUUCCGAGGGAGGGUUCAACAUGUAUCAUCAAAUGGCUGAUUGGUUAGGGAGACCAUUUCGUAGCGUUCCCAGGCAUCCCGUUCCUCCGCUCAAAGUUUCGAUUUCAAGAAAAUUGAAGGAAAUCGUAAAGGAAAAGUAUAAUCAAGCAGGUGUUGAGAAAGGAAAAUAUAUUGUGAUUCAUGGAAUAGAAUCAGAUUCAAAAGCCUCAAUGCAGUCCAAAGGUGAUACUGAUAGCUUGCUACCUAUUCAAGCCUGGGCUGAAAUAGCCAAUGCUAUAAGGGGAUUCAAGCCAGUUUUUGUCAUUCCGCACGAAAAAGAAAGGGAAAACGUCGAGGAGGAGGUCGGAGAUAACGCAAGCAUCGUAUUUAUAACUACCCCAGGACAGCUAGCUGCUCUCAUUAACGACUCGGCCGGUGUAAUAGCUACCAACACAGCUGCAAUCCAACUCGCCAUUGCUCGCGAAAAACCAAGCAUUGCAUUGUUUUGCUCUGAAGAGAAAGCAAAACUAUUCGUUCCGGAUGCCGAAGCAAAGAGAUGCAUCGCAGUUUCAUCAGCAACGGGACGACUAAUCGAUAUCGAUAUGGGCACAGUUAAAAGGGCGAUACAGAGUUUUGAAGUGCCUCUAGCUCUUGCUUUUCAGUGACAUUACAGAUUUUCUUACCCAAUUUGUGCUUAUCAUCACGAUAGUUACCAUCAGUUGUAUAUCAACGCAUUGGCAAUGAAGAGGGUAAUUGUAUAUGUUCUGUUU